CGCCCUACCUCUUAAACACAGAGGACAAGUCCAUCCGCCCCCAUUGAAUUCACAGAAGCGCUGCGGGGCGAAAUUGCGCACUGAGCACGCCAUGCUCUCCAUCGGGACCCAAGAAGAAAGACACGCCAAAACUACUGAUCCCGAGCCCGUCCUGUGAUUAUCUGCAGUCAGGUGUACAGGCGGAAACAUGCCUGCAUUCCGUUGUCAGGGAAAGCGAAGAAAGUAAGGAGACACGGCUGAUUUGUUUUUAAUAUUCCCAUGUUCCACAUGAGGGAGGUUAAGAUCGGAGAAAGCAUUUGUGUAUUAGUGUUGCUUUUUUCUGGGCUUGUGACCUGCUCAGGUGUUAUUGGAAGCCCUUUAACAGAUGAUGUUGCCACGCUGGAAACACUGAGUGACAAUAUUCCCAAUGACUACAGAAUACCUAUCAGCUUCAUCACCAAGGAUGUGGGUGGAGCUUGCUGGCUAUAUGUGAACCUGAAUCACGUUGAAAGCAGUUUAAAAACAUUGGCCCGAAAGUUUGGCAACUUGUCCACCAAUAAAGCGAACAUCACUAUUUUUGUAACAAUGCUGGAGGGUUUUCGUUUCACUCUGGACAAUGAGGAGCUGGAGGUGACAAUGCAAACAUUUGAGUGCCACUACAGAAGGGGAAAGUGGCUGACUAGACGUUACUUUAACCAUGUUAAAGAGGUUCUUACAGCGGCUGGAUCAACGCUUGGCAAAUUUCAUGACUGCACACCUCCUCCUUGCAAGACCCCGCCAGCUCCUCCUUUCACACCAGGUCAAAGAAGACAGCAAAACGGUAUGAACGGAGCGACUCAUGGGCUCUUGGCGCUGCUCAUCAUCCCUAGCAUGGCAGUUCUGGUCCUCACUGUCAGGAUGGUAUUUAGAAGAAGCGACUGCUGUGUGCAAAGAAUGCAUGAAGUCAGCUUGAAUGACCCCCACGACGGAGCUGAAGAAAGCAGAACCGAGCCCCACAGCGGAGGGCUCCCUAAUUCCAGCUCUAGCAGCCAACAGGACAGGGCGUGGGUGGAUUCUUUAGGGUGUGCAGACACAGAGGUUUAAAUUAAAAAUGCAUGAGGAAACUCAUUGGAAAUUGGCAGUAUUUUGUGGUGAAAAUCUCCGGGUUUAUGAAGCGGACAAUGAAGGGAUUACUUUGGCUGUUCCAGGAGGGAUACAUGGGAUGGUUCUAAACUUACUCAUCAAGCCUUACCUGCUCAUCACAUAAAAAAUUAAGUUGAAGAGACGAAUCGCAACUUGUGUCCAUCUUAACCAAUCAAUGAGAGUCUGUUAUUAUGGGAUGCCAUCCUAAAAACUAUGGGAUAAUUUCAUCCGGCAGGAAGUGUGGCUCUUUGAUGAGCGCAUCGGUUGGUCUGCUGCGAUGCCCGCGGCAGCUUGCUGGCUUUGAGGAACGCUGCUGGUCCUGCAGGCCUCCUCAAGGAGGAUAAAUGGCUUUUUUGUGUCAGCGCCCCAUUGCAUGAGGACGGUGGUUUAUUUUACACCAGAAAACAUCUUUGGAACAGAGCAUGGGUUUGUCUUGAAACACGUUUGAUUUACAGCUUGGACAACGAUGCAAAGAUUUUUGGCAUUUACUACUCAUUUGGUAACCAAUACUAAACCUGACAGGAUCCUCAGAAGAUCCAUUUCUUCUGAAGAAGGAGGUAUCUGACGUAUCUCGUUUCAUCCAGCUUUAACACAUUCAAACUCUGUCUUUCUCAAACAAACACAUUCUGGCCGGAAGAACCAAACUUCUCCGUCGAUCUUGAGAGGGUCUGCAAUCCAGGUCAUCGUCCGACUGCGUUUUAUUAACUCGCACACUCCAGCGGCGCAACAAGAGCUGAUUGUUUUCGUGACAACAUGGGGAAACCCAGUGAGCAUGAGAAAAGAGCUCUCAUGGUAAAGAUGUAACAUCAACAUGACUCAUGUCCCAUAAUUCAAUCUCACUUGCUAGCAUCUCUUGAUCAUUCCGGUGUCUUGUUUUCCUGCUCGCUGUAACUCAAUAACAUUAUCUUGAGAUUAAGACCAACUGAUUAGAAUCGAUUUUUCAAUGUUCAGAUCAGAUAGAUUAGUCAAUGUUCAUGCUGCUUCUUUCUGUACAACAGUGUUUGCAUGCUUAAGCUGCACUUAAUGUUUGACUUUCAAUGCAUUUUUAACAAAAUAUCAAACCAGGUUACCUUUAGGCUAUUUUGAAGAAAUAAACACAAUUUUCACUUUUGGUUUCAAACUAGAAAAUAAUACAUGUGUGACCCUGGACCACAAAACCAGUCUUAAGUGUCAAUUGUUCGAAAUUUAGAUUUAUGCAUCUUCUGAAAGUGGAAUAAAACUUUCCAUUGAUGUAUGGUUUAUUAGGAUCGGACAUUAUUUGGCCGAGAUACAACUACUUGAAAAUCUGCUACGAAUAUACUCCAGCGACCUAAGACUGGUUUUGUGGUCCAGGGUCACAUAUAUUGUACACAUUUGAGAAAAAAUAAUAAUUUUAAUACUAAAUUAAACUGCUACACUACAAAGUAUGAAAUUACUUUAAACCAGUUGACCGAAAUUAGUGCAAAAAUUAGAUAAGCUGUUUUUGCUUUUGGUUUGUUGACACCACUGAUAUUUUCUAUGUAACCUAAUGCAGUUCAUACAUUAUAUGUGACUUAAGGGUUCAAAUACUUCUGCCAUAAUUACAGUAUAAAUCUCCUUAAAUUUGUAUGUGUUCUGCACAAAGCUGGCCUUUGGCUUCAGAAUAAUCACUGUCAAGUCAAGAUCACUGGCGCGCAAGUAAAAGGGAAAACUGCAGACCGACGUACGUUUUAGGGUAAUCAUUCUCAUAGUCACACUGCCUGUUAGGAGCUAUAAAUACUAUUAAAGUGUGAGAAUUAACCUAAGCUAGUCCACAGUAGCAUUCAAACCAUUAGCACUAUCGGUGUGCAUAUGAGACACUCAGAUCAGUGCUGCGCCAACCCAAUCUCAUGGCAAUUCAUACAUAUUUUACGAGGUUGGUAAUUUACACGAAUGCGUACGACCUCACUCAUACAAAUUCAUAGGAUUUUGGGCAAAACUUACAUAUUUAUCAGCUGCACAAUUCAUUUGAAUGAAUUUGUACAACUGACCUACAGCUAACCCCGCCCCUAAACCGACCUGUCUUUGGGGUCUAGACAAAACAUGCAAAAUUGUACGCGUAAGGUCAUACGAAAAAUACAUACAAAUUGGUCGUGAGAUAGCAUUCACUGCGCCAUGCUUUCGCCGGUGAUCGAUGCCUUUGAAUAAAAGCUUCGUUAAGCUUCAAAAUUUUUGUUAAUCAUUUGUUUCAAACCAGUGGUUCGGAGCGUGUUUCAAACUGCCAAAGACAAGUGAUUUCGAUAAACAAGGCUUUUUUUUUCUUCUUUUUUUUUCACCUCUUUUCAACCCUUAUUGUCACAUUAUAAGAGCAGCAUAAACAUUCUUCAAAACGUCUCAUUUUGUGUUCCACAACAGUCCCGAGAAACAUUAAAGUGAGUAAAUGAUACAGUUUUCAUUUUUAGAUCAACUAUUCCCUCAAAAUACAACCUAAAAUAUCCUUUUAUGCUAUUUUUGAAUAACUUGUGUCACUGUCCCAGCACAUCCCAGACAGUCUAGAUAAUCACCAUUGACUCACUAUGCAUCACUCUGUCCAGAGCAGAAUCAGGUGCUGGCAGUGGAAAUCUCAAGCUUCUCUCAAUGUAACUUUCUCAUUGUCUCCAUCAAUGUGUGCGCUGUCAACUGUUGUCGUAAAGCAUGACUGCCAACUCAUAACCGCACGAGGUCGGUAAUGUCAGCCUAGCUACUAACAACCGCAGAGUGACCGUAACAAAGGGCCCUCUCAUGCGGAUAGACACGCCGCUCUUUAUGGCCUAUAGAGAGUGUCGUCCAUCAAACUUCACUCAAAGCCCACUCUUGACUCGCCGACUCAGCUUCCGACACACACACACACACACACACACACACACACACACACACACUAAAAGGCUCCCAGUGUCAUUAGCAUCAACUCUUGACUCAUAAAGCAGGUCUGAGUGUGCAGUGAUUUACAAAACACCCUCUCGAAUCAUCCAAAUAUCACAAAUGAGAGCAAGGAAUCUCCGUGGCACGAAAAGCAAAGGAUGACUAAUGGUUUACACGCAUCUUAAAUACAGUUUGUGUGAUUUUCUUUUUUUGUUCUAUUGAUUACUAAUAAUCAAUAAUAUAAAUAUAGCACUUGUAUAUAAAACAUGUUUAUUUUUAAUUGU